AUGUACAUGAAGGCAGAUCAGAAAGAAAUCAAGUCACUUGAAUUCAUAUUCAUUGAUGCUCAGGGUAGAAAAAUUCAGGCUACCAUCCCUAAAAGCUUUAUGGACAGGUUUAUCAACUACUUCAAAGAAGGCUGUGUUCGGCAAAUAGCAUAUUUUGAUCAUGCUUUGAACAUUGUUGGUGGUUACCGUUGUUCAAAACACGAAUACAAAAUCGUGUUUGAACCUAACACCAUUGUGGAUACUGUGGAUGCUGUUGUUGAUUUGGAUAUUCCUAACCAUGUGUUUGAAUUCACUCCUUUCGCUGAGAUUUCAAAUUUCAUUGCGAAUUUUGAUUUCUUUUUUGAUGUUAUUGGACAUGUUAUUGGUGUUAGUGAGGCGAUCAUUGAUGGGGAGAAGAAGAGGAUAUCUGUGGAGCUGGAGGAUGAAAGGGCUGACAGGUUGAAGAUCACCCUAUGGAAUGGAAAUGCUGAUGCCAUAUCAGCAAUGAUGGCUGAUCAUCCACUAAUGCCGGUAGUGCUUAUUGUGCAAUAUGUGAAAUGCAAAAAGUGGAAUUCAAGGGCUUCAGUCACCACUAAUAUGUACAAUGGCAGAAUCUUCCUAAAUGACAUGUCUAUGCCUGCAAUUUCUGACUACAAAAUGAGAUUGGAGGAUGUUGAGGAUAAAGAAGAUACCUUUGGGUAUAACUUUAGGUUUUCGUAUAGAUGCUCGCAAGGUAGUUAA